CUGGAGGGGCUUAUAAAGAGAGCCCAGUGAGGAGUCCGGCCCCCCUCUCAACCCAGAGGAGAAGCGGCCGACCCCGGAGCGGACUGUGGAGCGGCGCCUCCCGGAGGAUCGGCCUCGGGCCCUGGACACCCCGGAGUCCGGCCACAGCCAUGACCCUCCGCCACCUUCGGAAGCUACAACAGAAGGAAGAGGCAGCGGCCGCGCCGGACCCCGCUGCCGCCGCCGCCCCAGAUCAAGGGGCGGCCCCGGCCCCGGCCUCGGUCCCAGUUCCAGCCCCGGUCCCGGCUCCUGCCGCCUCCGCAGGGGAGGACCUGUACGCCGCGCUUGAGGACUAUCACCCGGCUGAACUGUACCGCGCGCUGGCCGUGUCUGGGGGGACCUUGCCCCGCCGCAAGGGCUCAGGUCUCCGAUGGAAAAAUCUCAACCAGAGUCCAGAGCAGCAGAGGAAAGUGCUCACCCUGGAGAAGGAAGAAAAUGAGACCUUUGGCUUUGAAAUCCAGACUUACGGCCUUCACCAUAGAGAGAAGCAGAAAGUGGAAAUGGUGACCUUUGUGUGCCGAGUUCACGAGGCCAGCCCUGCCCAGUUGGCAGGACUCACACCAGGAGAUACAAUUGCCAGCGUGAAUGGUCUCAACGUGGAAGGGAUCCGGCACCGGGAGAUCGUGGACAUCAUCAAAGCAUCUGGCAACGUUCUCAGACUGGAAACAGUGUAUGGAACCUCCAUUCGGAAGGCAGAGUUGGAGGCCAGGCUGCAGUAUCUGAAGCAAACUUUAUAUGAGAAAUGGGGGGAAUAUCGGUCACUGAUGGUGCAAGAGCAGCGACUAGUGCACGGUAUCGUGGUGAAGGACCCCAGUAUCUACGACACCCUGGAGUCCGUGCGCUCCUGCCUCUACGGGGCGGGUCUCCUCCCAGGCUCGCUGCCCUUCGGACCUCUGCUGUCGGCCCCAGGAAGCACCCGAAGCAGUUCAGCCCGCACCCGAGAAGGUUCUGAUGACUCGGUCUACCACACUUGCUUCUUUGGAGGGGCAGAGCCCCCGGCCCUGUGCCCUCCAGCCCACACCCAGGCUCCCCCCCCGCCCCCGGCGCCCCGGCCCCUGCUGAGUCGCAGCGCCAGCGUCAAGUGCCCGGGACCCGGAGGAGGCGGGGGAGGCGGCGCCUUGGGCCAGCUGUGGACAGAGGCCCGGGAACAGGGGCUAUGCGGCCCAGGGCUGCGCAAAACCAAGUACCAGAGCUUCCGCCGGCGGCUGCUCAAAUUCAUCCCGGGACUGAACCGCUCCUUGGAGGAAGAGGAGAGUCAGCUGUAGGGGGGCUGGGGUCCUGCGUGGGCCCGGAAGAAAAGGGGGGAGGGGGAGGCUAAAGUUAUUUAUUUAUUUAUUCAGCGAUUCCUGCAACUGUAGAAGGGCUCGAGGACGUGCGAAUGUUGAGGCAGGGUUGUGGUGGAAGGACCCCCUCUCCCUCCUUGGACUUUGGGGAGGAAGGAGCUGUGGAGAGAGUUUUAGGUCCUGACUGGGGGGCUCUUUCUGUUCACCCUUUAGGGAAAGGAGCAGGGUCUUUGGCUAUCCCGGCUGCCUGUGGCGCCAAAGGCAAGACCGGGGAGUGUGUGGGAGAAUCUAUGGAAGCGAUUUAUUAAGUGUAGGCUUCCUUGAUGGAGGAAGGGAGCAGGGCUCUGUAGUGCCUUGGGGGUAGGGAUGCCCUGUAUCCCGGAUGGAGUCUCCUCAUGCUGGCUGCCCCUCAGCCUUAUUGUGCCUCUCUCCAUUCCUCUCCAACCCAACACCCAGUUCAGCCAGUUCAACCCCUCCUCUCUUCUGUCCCCCAGAGGCCCGUGGGAAUGGAUGAAGUUUCCUGGGCUUCUGGGGACUUUCUCCUCUGCCUCUGGGAUCCCAGAAUGGGUCUGUUAAUAAGUGAAGCCAGCUUAUUUGUACUUGUCGGGGCAGCCUAGGAAUGGACCCCCAGGGGGCCCUGGAGAAACUGUGUGAAGUAGGGCUCAUCCUGGGGGCUUUCGGACUCCCACCGGAAGGACGAAUUGGGGGAGGGUCUGUGGGGGGAACAGACUGUUUCAAUGUUCACCAACCUGUUGCUUCUGAAGGACAUACUAUAAAAAACUUUUUUUAAAAAAAUUUUUAUUAUGCAUUUGUGUUGCUUGUUAACUACUGGGGGAAAGG